CUCUCCAUGAUCUCCCUCCCCACAGAUGAGCCCCUCCGGGCGAUUGCCCAGCCCAUCGCUCGCCUCCUCAGUCUCCCUCAUCUUGUCGACCACUUCCCCCUCCUGGUCUACGCCUUCUGCCUCUUCACCGCCGUUCAUCUUGUCAUAUCCCCUGUCCUGAGCGCACGAUUUUUCCCCGCGAGCUAUGGAAAGCUUCGCUCCCGCCGCGCUAUAAACCAAUGGAACAUCCAGGUCGUGUCCCUCUUCCACGUGUUCAUCGUGCUCCCUCUCGCGUUCGCCUGCUUUCGCUCGGACACCCUCAAGGCCGAUAAGCUCUGGGGCUGGGACGAUAGAGUUGGCAGGACGGUCGCAGUCGCCUGCGGCUACUUCCUGUGGGACGCUCUCGACGCGAUCAUCAACUUCGAUGAUAUUGGCUUCCUCGUCCAUGGUGUAUCAUGUCUGACGCUGUACAUGAUGGCUUUCCGGCCAUUUUUGGGCUACUACGCCCCGCGCUUCCUCACCUGGGAACUGAGCACCAUUUUCCUCAACAUACACCGGUUCCUCGACAAGACUGGGUACACCGGCUCGUCCGCGCAGUGGGUGAACGGCGUCGUCCUGCUCUCGACGUUCUUCUCCGUGCGCAUCAUCUACGGCUGGUACCUCACGCUCGACUUCAUGCACUCGCUGUACGCCGCGCGCGGCCAGCUCCCCACGUUCUACCUCGUCGCGUUCGCGCUCGGCAACCUCACGCUCAACGCCCUCAACGCCACCUGGUUCUACAAAAUGAUAUUCGCGAUCCGCAGGCGCUUCGACGACGAGGCGAAGCCGCUCACUGCUGCAGCGGCGAGCACCGACCCGGACACGACCGCCGCGCUCGCGGAGGGCCCCGCCGCGCACUGACAGCGACCGGCCGACGGGAUGCUAGAGCCCGACGCCGACGGGCGAGGGUCGGAAAUGAUCUAAACGAAUUAUUGGUACGAUAGGGCUAAUGGGUGUCUUCGGCCCGAGCGGGCGUAAUAGAGGACGGUUACCGGAGCGGGGCUGCUUGACUGUGGCUCGUUGGCCAACGUGCGCGGACUCCGGAGGGUGGCGCGACGCUCGUGGGUCCCGAUGGCGGUCGUCCGCUGCUCUGGGAGAGCUUUACGUUUGCAUGGUAUGAGAUACCCGAUUCUUAUGAGCGCCACAGACUGCAUACAGAAGAGGUUAGGCG